GACGCCAGGCGGUAUUACCAGGUUCACCAACGGCGUUGUGGUGUGAGAAUUUCUCAUAUCCACGCCUCGGCUGCUGGCAAGCUGAAGCCAGAUGAUGUGCUGCUUUCGAUUGAUGGGCAGACUGUCGGGCAUGAUGGCAAGGUGCCUAUGGACACUUGCCACACGCGCGUGUCGCUUUGGGUUCUCUUCGCAGAAAAGCUGACAAAGGAGUCGUGCACCAUACGCAUCUUGCGCAAGAACAAGGAGCAGGAUCUGACGGUGCGAUUGAAGCCCUAUCGCCCAAUCAUUCCGGAAGAUCCUUACUGUCCAGGAACACAGGAUUACUUCAUCGUCGCCGGGCUCGUGUUCCAGCCUGUCAGCG